AUGGCAGACCAUGAAGCGGGGCUCCCGCCCAAGUCGCGGCGGGCGCCAGAGGAGAGCGAUUCUGGCCUCGGUGUGUGUGGAUGGAUCCUGGUGAUCACCUCGCUGGUUUUCACUGUUCUUACAUUUCCCAUAUCCAUCUGGAUGUGCAUAAAGAUCAUAAAGGAGUACGAGCGCGCCAUCAUAUUCCGGCUGGGCCGCAUCCUGAAGGGGGGAGCCAAGGGACCAGGUUUGUUUUUCGUCCUGCCCUGCACAGACAGCUUCAUCAAGGUCGAUAUGAGAACCAUCUCUUUCGAUAUUCCUCCCCAGGAGGUGAGUUUGCAUCUGACAAAGCGCUGGCAGAAUUUUGUGCACUCUCUUUUUAACUUGUCCCCUCUCA